UGCGUCUGCCAUACCUUUCCAUCUUUUCUGCUUCUAUCGUCUGCUUUAGCUACUUCACAGGGAAUACGGAGACCUCCGCAAAAUACUAUUUUUAACAUAAUCUGCCAACAUGAAUGUGGCUCGGAGAUAGGUCUGCGUUUGUGCUCAUCUUUCGUACGGUUGCCGAUUUGAUUCAUGAGCAAACUGUGUGGGUGUUGUUUUUGGGAAAGAGAAAACGACGUAGGCUAUGAGACGCUUGCCUAUUUAGUGCCUUCGUUCAUUGCCUGUUUUUUCUUACACUGACUGACCAGUGUUUCGGUUUAACCUGUAUGAACGAGCUUGUGUUCCCGACAUAAAUCGGUAGAAAACGCGUCCGUGGCGGGUCAACUAUUUAUUAUGGCUAAAAGAAUUGAAUUAGUGCACUGCUGGUCUGAAUAUAUUUCAAGAUAAGGAGAAAACGGCCGCUAGGGUCAGGCCUGUCUGUUCCGGAGAAAAGAGUGUCGUUUAGAGCUUAUUGAAUGAAAGUCUUAUUCGUCCUUCCCUGCCAAAGAUGACGUUACCAUGGAAACAGCUUCUUCUGCUAUCAAUCAUCGACUGUCUCGCAGAAUGUUUGGACAGUGGAUCAUUCCAUGGUCCAAGAUGGAGGAUGGAACCCGGUGACUUGUUUAUCCCUGUUGAUUCUAUGGAAGAGGAGGCCACUCUUACAUGUGACGCUAAAGGAAUCCCCCCUCCUCAAUACAGAUGGUCACUGAAUGGAACUCUCAUAAAUCUGGAGUUGGACCACCGGCGUCGGUUGUCUGGGGGCAACCUCAUCAUAAGAAGUCUGGACCGCUACCAGGAUGGGGGAAGGUAUCAGUGUACAGCCUAUAACACAAUAGGAGCCGUUCUCAGCAGAAGAGCAAGCCUACAGUUUGCCUACUUGGAUCAUUUUAAACUCCACACAAGAAGUGCGGUGUCAGUUCGAGAAGGACAAGGAGUUGUGUUACUCUGUGGAACACCCACGUCCUCAGGAGGCCUUAGUUAUUCAUGGGUCUUCAAUGAAUACCCAUACUUCGUCCAGCAAGACAACAGGCGCUUCGUAUCUCAGGAGACUGGCAACCUGUACAUCGCCAAAGUGGAGCCCUCAGAUGUGGGCAACUAUACCUGUGUGGUGAUGAACAGCAUCACAAAGGGCAAAGUUCACAGCUCACCCACAUCUCUGGUCCUGAGGAAAGACGGAGUAAUGGGAGAAUACGAGCCGAAAAUAGAAGUUCAUUUCCCCGACACCGUACCAGCAGCAAAAGGAUCAGUGGUUACGCUGGAGUGUUUUGCUCUUGGGAACCCUGUCCCUGAGAUUACUUGGAAGAGGGCUAAUGGAGUCCCGUUCCCCAGCAAAGUGAAGAUGAAGUACUCCAAUGCCGUCUUGGAGAUCCCCAGCUUCCAACAAGACGACACGGGGGGCUAUGAGUGUGUGGCCGAAAACAAGAUGGGGAAGAACAUCGCUACAGGCCGAUUGGCCUUCCAUGCCAAACCUCAGUGGAUUCAGACCAUGAGAGACACAGCCCUGGCCAUAGAGGAGAGGCUUCACUGGGAGUGCAGGGCCAACGGGAAGCCCAAACCCUCCUACAACUGGCUGAAAAAUGGUCAAGUGCUGAUCACUGAGGAGAGGGUCUACGUUGACAAUGGGGUCCUGUUGAUCUCGUCUUUGAACCUGUCUGAUGCCGGGAUGUACCAGUGUGUGGCUGAGAAUAAAUAUGGUGUCAUCUAUUUCAGCACUGAGCUCAUGGUCUUAGCCUCUUCUCCAGACUUCACUGGUAACCUGCUCAGAGCCCUGCUUAAAGCCAAGGCCGGCACCAUAGUGACUCUAGAGUGUAAGCCCCAAGCCUACCCCACCGCUAGCAUCCUGUGGAAGAAAGGCAACCAACCCAUCCACACCAAUGACAGAAUCACUCUCUCUCCAGGUGGAACUUUGAGAAUCACUAAUGUGACCAAGUAUGAUGCAGGCAGCUACACCUGCUUUGCCAGAAACCGAUUUGGGACCUCCAGCACCACUGGAAGACUCCUCAUCACAGAUCCAACAAGAAUUACUCAGGGGCCAGUGGACAUGGAGAUCAUAGUGGGUGAGAGCAUCGUGCUGCCCUGCCAGAUCGCCUGUGAUCCUGUCCUUGAUGUCUUCUUCACCUGGGCUUUCAACGGACAGCUCAUCACCAAGACAGACAGGCAUUUUGAGCUAGUGGGAGGGAGAACAGCUGGGGAUCUGAUGAUUAGAAACAUCCAGUUGAAUCAUGCUGGGAAGUACAUCUGCGUGGUGGACACAGACGUGGAGAGCCUGUCAGCAGUGGCCAUAUUGAUUGUAAAAGGCCCCCCUGGCCCUCCAGACACAGUGGCAGUGGAGGAGGUGACGGACAGCACAGCACAGCUCUCAUGGAGCCGCGGCAGGGAUAACGGCAGCCCCAUCACCAGCUACCUCAUCCAGACCAGGACCCCCUUCACUGUGGGCUGGCAGAGGGUGGACACAGUUCCUGAGGUAAUUGAUGGCAACACACUGACAGCCACGGUGGUGGAUCUCAAUGCCUGGGUGGAGUACGAGUUUCGAGUUGUGGCAAAGAACAGUGUGGGAGUGGGCGAGCCCAGUCCCACCUCCCUCCAGACACGGACAGAGGAUGCAGUUCCUGAUGCUGCACCCACUGAUGUUGGAGGAGGGGGCGGCAGCAGAUCAGAGUUGGUUGUUACAUGGGAGCCUGUUCCUGAGGAACUGCAGAACGGUGAGAGCUUCGGUUACAUUAUCGCGUUCCGUGGCCUCGGUGAGAUGACCUGGACCCACGUCGCCACCUCUGCUCCAGGGGCAUCCCGCUAUGUGUACCGGAACGACAGCAUCGCUCCCUUCUCACCCUUCCACGUGAAGGUGGGAGCCUAUAACAGCAAAGGGCAGGGCCCGUUCAGUCCCGUGGUCACCAUCUACUCUGCAGAGGAAGAGCCGAGUGGUAUGCCAGGGGGAGUUUGGGCCAGAAGUGUUUCCGCCUCAGAAAUUGAAGUGAAUUGGCAGGCUCUAUCCUUUACUCCUGAAAGAGUUCUCGGCUACGAGGUGGUGUACUGGGAGGAUGACACCAAGCCAGAGACGAUGGGGAAAGUGAGGGUACCUGGGAGUCAAACAUCGGUCACUGUUAGUGGCUUAGGGCGAAACACUCAGUAUUUUCUCACAGUCAGCGCUUUCAACACAGCUGGUACUGGCCCUUUCCUCCCCGCCAUCAACGCCACCACCAAGAAAUCACCACCCGGACAACCUCCUCUAAAUGUUGAGUGGACCUUGAUUGGCUCCCAGAUCACUAUAUACUGGGAGCCGGUGGUAGCCAUGGAAACAGAGUCAGAGGUCACCGGUUACCAACUGUCUUACAGGAGUCUGAAACAUAAGGAAGAGAACAUGCUCUUGACAAACAAUUCCACAGCCGAGCUGACCCUCGUUGACAAUGAAGACUAUGUCAUCCACAUAAGGUCGCUGAGCGAGGGAGGGCUUGGCCCAGCCACAGAUCCCAUCCGCAUCCACAAACUAAGUAUGAGUGCUCGAGGCUCGAAGGCCUGGAGUCUGAACACAUCCCCUGUCUCUCUGCUCCUCAGCAUCGCAUUUUCAACAUUCAGGUCUACAUCGUGACAGAAUGUCAGGCUACUAUCUGGUUUACAGAUCAAAUAAGCUGUCUCUGCUCCAUUCCAAAUGACCCAUCUACAAUUAUCAUUUUUCUAACUGUGUGAAAGUAAUGGUAGAGACCAUCCAUUUUGGAGGCAAGACAGUAAGCGCAUUCAUUUGGGAAUUUGGGAAGACAUUUUUGUUGUUGUUUGGGCACAUGUUUUGAUGAACAUUGCGUUUGUUCAAGUGCUGUCAACUUCUGAAGGUAUCUAUUUGGAUUGUACAUUCUAGGUGGAUGUUCAGAUGAAUGCGCUAUUCUGAAUUUUUGGAGCCCUGAAUGAUACAAAUGCCUUACUUCCAUUCAUGUGCCAAAGUAGUUUGAAUCGUUUAGUUGUAGGCUAAAUGUUAAGCUAGCAAUGCCAUGCUUUUUUCCCCUUCAUAUUUUCAUUUGUAAUUAAGCCAUGUCACACUCAAAGCUAGUUAUGAAAGUUAUUACCUAUGGUAAUAAUACUUGUCAUUUAAACUUUCAAGGUUGCGAUAUGAAGUUGACUUUUGUAAUUUUGACGUACUCUGAGGUGGUCAUCGAAGCAAAAACUUUUACUGGUGUUUGGCUGAGCCAAGUUAAGUUCUCUUGCUUACUCAUUGAGUAGACACAACCAUUUGCCUGUGCCUGUGCCUUUGAAGAUCUGUGUAAGAGUGUGACAAAGAAAAUCGCUUCACUUGACUUAUAGUCAGUGUUGUGCAGCAUUUCAGAGCUCUUUAAGUGAUCAUUAUCGUAUAAUUAUGUGCUGAAACCCAUAAGACGAGAGCGGCUUGAGAGAGUGCAAGCCAUUUUCUCAAUGUUUUCAUUUUGUCAUUGUGGUAGAGACUUGAUUGUAUCACGAGGGCUCCUUACAACUAUAAUGAGCCAAAAUCUAAAAACUGACCUUACAGUGGAUGGAUAGAUUGCAUUUAAUAGGAGGACUGUCUUUACCACACCUCACCCACUACCAAUAUGACACCCACCUGGGUGAUGCACGGCAGCCAUUUUGUGCCAGAGUGCUCGCCCGUUGCGUGGUGAAAAUUGUGCCAUAUGUGCUAGUCUGACAUUGAAAUUGAGCCACUAGCUGAGACCCAAGCAGACAAAGUCAUUCACCCCCAAGAAAAUCCAUGGAGCCUUACUGUAUAUGGAACUCAUGCAUGACAUUGACUUAUAGUCAGCUGUGUUAAAUAUGUACUAGACUUGCCUAUCAUUUGUUCAAGGUUCAAUUAGCCUUUUCUUGAAACUUAUGUAUUGUAUUAUAGGCCCUACAUAUUUUUCAGUGUAGCCUCAACUGCUCAGGUGUUCGGUCUUUUACACACCAACUUCACUGGUCAUAAAGCAGAGAGCAGCUAUAUCAGACGGCUGACAGCACAUGAUACAGUGGUCUAUUUAAUGCUCUGACUUGACAAAUGAAAAGUCUGAUAUCUGCCAUGAUUUAGCAGCAAUUAAAACAUAUUAAUAAAUUAGAGUGAGCCUAGGGGCCUUUAUGGGAAAGGGCAUAGGACUAAUGGUUCUAUGACAUCACAGAAGAUUAAUGUAUCAGGAUUCAGUGAGAGGAGCUAAAUCAGAACGAUUCCAUCAGGAUGGAAAUAUAUAUGUGUGUGUGUGUGUGUGUGUGUGUGUGUGUGUGUGUGUGUGUGUGUGUGUGUGUGUGUGUGUGUGUGUGUGUGUGUGUGUGUGUGUGUGUGUGUGUGUGUGUGUGUGUGUGUGUGUGUGUGUUAAUAGAUGCAUAUUACCGUGCUUCUCUGUGUGUCGCAGAUCAAAUCAAACUUUAUUUGUCACAUAAUGCCGAAUAAAACAAGUUUAGACCUUACCGUGAAAUGCUUACUGACAAGCCCUUAACCAACAGUGCAGUUCAAGAAGAGUUAAGAAAAUAUUUACCAAAUUAACUGAAGUAAAAAAUGUAAUAAAAAAAUAAUAAAAAGAUGACGGUGUCUUUUGGAAGGCCAGUGAGUCAUUUUUAUAAAGCCCCAAAUAAUUUAUUGUAUUGGCAAUCAAAGAUUUGGGAAAUUUUUGUGCCCACUUUCAAAUAGAAUAACAACACCAUGAAGUUGCACAUCUGCAAUGGUGUAAACUGAGUUGUGUUUAUUAAGCACCAAAUGGAAGAAAACUAACUCAAACAUGGAGGGACUACCUGGACUAAGAAAGGCUUCUUUUCACUUCACAUUGCAAAAUGUUUUCCAUUGCGUGCCCUAAUGAGCACGAUCCAAGUUCAACGGAUACGUUUAAAAAAGGCAACAGUUGUAAAGGGCUUUGUUGGAUGAUAAGAUCAGAUCUCAUUACCACUGCUGGCAACUUAAAGAGAGCUGUCUUUGAGUAAUGUGUUUUUGUUGAUAUGCUUGUUUUUGUGGCUUUCUCGUGGUUCAUCUGUACACUCUCAGUUUUAUUUCAUUACAAACCAACCAGUGUUUACAAAGAAACUGUAUCUUUAUGACUGAUUUCAAUGUUUAACUGAUUAGAAACUCACAAUAUACAGUCUAUGAACUUUGUGUCCUUGAUGCAGAAAGGUCACCUCCAUCUUUGUUUUGUAAUGUAUACAGUAAGUACUGUGGAGAUCUCGUUUUUUUUAUGUUUGAUUAUAUGCUUUUUUAGUUUUGACAAUUCUACACAAAGGUCAAGUGUUGCUUUAAAGAGAUAAACAUAUAAGUUCUAACUUGUUUAGAAAUACAUUUUGAUUGCUCUGUCGCUCCCAUGUACUAUGAUAUGGACCAAUGCUCUCAAAGGGGUUUAAAACUGUGAAGGAAACUUUCAUUUGAUUUGUCUCCAAAAUGCAAUAUUAAUUUUGAAUGCAAUCCCCAUUAAAUUCAACAAUUCUUAACUAUACCAGAGUGAUAUUGUGACAAUUUGGUCAACGGACAGCAAAGUUUCCCCUUAUGAAUGGUACUAGGAAAACCGAUCAUCUGUUUUUUAUAGCACUAUAUUUGUACAACAUGAUUCAAACUUAUUGAGCUUGACUAAUGCAUUAUUAAAAGGAAAGACUAACAUCAAACAGUACUGUAUAGUUAAUUGGUUAGUAACACUUGGUCUUUAUGUUUCACACUGCAGUAUUAAAACAAUGUUAAGUGAUCUCCAUGAGAUUGUAUCAAGAAUGUUUUCACGAUGAAAAGUAAUUGGCUGAUCUUGUAUACUGAAUCUGUGCAUGUACAAUAUUGUUUGGUGCAUUUAUGUUUUCUAAAACAAAAAAUUAAAGGAAAACGAUU